CCACAUAUACAAUACAGGUAGAGAGGAUGGUUUAAAAUUCCCAACAUGUAAUGAGUUUGUGCUCAAAUAUCAUAACAUAACCACUUUAGCACUAAAAGGAUUCAAACUUCAUGACUACAAGGCCCGUAUGCUGGUGAAGGGGCUACAGAAAUUGAAACAUAUUGACCUUUCAAUAUCUUACUCAUUCACGGGUUUCUUUUUAAAGAACCUUAGUAUGAAUGGUGGUGGAGAUAAUUUGGAGGUGAUGAUUUUAAGGGACUGCAUGCAUCUCAAGGAAAUUGAAGUGGAACGCUUUAUGGCAGUUGUACUUGCAGGAGAAUUCAAACACCUCAAACACCUUGUUGCACAAGGGGCUAAAAUAAGGGGCGCAACUAGGAUAAUUGGGGUGGACACUAAUCUUGAAAAGAAAGAGAAAUCAAAAGCUUUUGGAGUAAUAGAUUUCAUCAACCCAAAUGACAUUUAUGAGACAGUUCAACAGGCUAUAAAGCGACUUACAGAUAGUGGUGUAGACUAUUCAUUUGAAUGCAUUGGAGACAUUGAGAUGAUAAAUACAACUUUGCAUUCUUGCUGUGAUGGGUGGGGUGUGACAAAUACUCUUGGGGUUCCUAAGACAAACCCAAAUGUAGCAUGUCAUUAUGAAUUAUUUCUUACUGGAAGAACACUAAAAGGGUCUCUUUUUGGAGGAUGGAAACCAAAAUCAGAUAUUCCCAGGUCACAAGAAUUAUCAGAGCAUGGGUUCAUUAGUCUUAAAGAAUUAUGA